AUCUGCAGUACCUUGACCACUUUAUCAUUGAAGAAGGCAGCAGUGAUGUCUCCCAUCCCAUCCCAAACGGUGCGGAAGGCAAAGGUAAGAAGUGUGUGAACCCAACUUUUUUCUCAUAGAGUUGAGCAAAUGCUGCAGCUUGAGGACAGACCCACUUUCUGUUAUUAUGCUGGGCAGUAAACAGUGUGCGACCACCAGUGUCUUACUGAAAUGGGAAGCAGCAGGAGGUGUCACAUCCUGUUUUGGCACAGGAAUGUGCUGCCACCCCUCUGCUGAUGGCACUGUGUCUCUCUUACCUGUGUUGUUUGCUUGGCAGUGGCAGUGGCACCUGCAAAGCAGGUGAGAUCUCAUAAGAUUGAGGCGAGAUCUUGCUGACACUUCCAGCACAGGGAAGGCAGAAGAGGCGAGGUGGGUGCUGCCUCUUGUACUUCUGCCACCCGAGACAGGCUCCUCACCCUGCCUCAUCAAUGGGCCCUGCAGGUAUGGGCAGCAGAGCAUGGGCACAGAAGCUUCAGGCAACGAAAGAAGGGGAGCUAGUAAGUAGGCACACUAACUGUUAUACAGCUUCUGUUUAGGAAAAGUGCCUCUGGGUGGCCCCUAAUAGAAGAAUUUUAGUAAGAAUGUAAGAGGUUGCUGGAUCAGGCCAAUGGGCCACCUAGUCUAGCAUUGUGUUCUCACAGAGGCCAACCAGAUGCUUGUGGGAAACCCACAAAUCAGGAUUUGAGCAAAUGUACCAAUACUUUAUCAUAGCAGUUUCAACAUUGAGGAUCCACUUUCUCAACUCUGUUGUCUCCUUUCAUACUUUCUGUCUUGGAUGGAGCCUUGAAACUCCAUACUUAGCACUCUUUCCCACCGGCUUGCACUAAAGACCAGUCCUUUUUUAAAAAAGCAUGCUAAUUAUGCCAAUAUGCUUUUGACCCCAAAGUACACAGGGAAAAUGUUUUAAAAUUUGUUCCGGUUUAAGUGCCUAAAGCAGGUGUGGGGUACCUUUGGCCCUCCAGAUGUUGCUGGUAAACUUCCAUCAGGCCCAACAAACAAGUAUGAUAAGAGUUACAAUUCAGCAACAUCUGGAGGGGCAAAGAUCUCUACAUCUGGCCUAAAGUGAUGGCUGGAUCAGAUGAAGAUUUGGUGGUAUGGCAGUACGUGCUUUUAUGUAUCUACUCAGAAGUAAAUCCUAUUCAGUUCAAUAAUGCUUACUUCCAGGUUUGCAGCCUUAGUGCGUUGACUACUAUGCAUCACCACAUGAUUCAGCAGAAUUUGUCUGCUGCAGAGUUAUAUAACUAUUGAGUUAUACCCCUACAAAAACCAAAUACUUAUUGUAAAGCAUGCCUAUACAGAAUACUUUGUGUGACUGCAGCCAUAUCACUCUACAUAGAAUAUGUGAUAGGAGUCCAGGGCAUUAGCAUUUCAAUACAAAACAUUUCCACUACUACUACUUCCUUGCUUCUACUCUACUGUUGCCUAGAUUCUAUUUCCUCCCCUUGGUGUUGCAUUAAUCUAUAUCAUUGAGCCUGCAUAUGAUAACUAAACCCUCUUCCACUAAGGAGCAGCAAAGAGUCAUGGUCAGCUCAGGCAAACAGGUUGUUUCUGACUCUCUUGCACAUGGUACCACAAUGAGUAGUCCUGUGGGGAGGAAGAAAUAAUAGAAUUGUAGAGUAAUUGUGUACCCAGUAAUUAUUUCAAAUCACUGUGAGCAGUGUGGAUUUCCAGGGGCCUUUUGCACAAUUAGUAAACAAGUGAUUCAAAGCUUACAUAAAAGACCAUAGUACUAUUCAGUGCAUUGGAGAAGUAGGGGUAGGCAGAGCUACAAUGCUCCAGGCUAGGAAAUUCUCCCUUGAGGAGAAUGCAGGGCAGGGUCGAUGUAUCUAAACAAUCAAUGUUCUUUGAAGGGAGGGUGCUGGAUCACAAAGAAGAUGGAAACGGGGGCUUCUGUUUCAUGGCAAUAGGAUUUGCCUUCAAAAUGGAAAUGGAUGGUUUUUCUUUGCUCUUAUUGUUGCUGCUGCUUCAAAUUGAAUGCAAGGCACAUAUUAUGUGCAGCAUGAGAGAACCUCUCUAUGUCCCACAUGAGUAUAAUCAGGGAGGUGAUUUCAUCAUUGGAGAGAUUACUUCUCAGUUCUUCUUAUUGUUUGAACCCAUUUUCUUCAUGGAGCACCCAAGGACAAAGCUUAUUGAUCAAAUCCUGUAAGGAAAUACUUUUAUUUCUAUGGAAUAAAAUUAGGCAAUGUAGUAACAAGUUGUCCUUGUGAUCUCUAUAUACUGGUUUCAGGUCAAAGCCAGCUCUUGACCAUGCUGCAGUUGUGGAGAAUGUAUGAGGUAUUAAAAUUACAGCACAGAAAAUACAGGAUGGCAGAGAACUGUGGUUUGUUUUACAGUAUAUAACUCCUGGUCAAAGUCGAGCCAAAUUAAAACAAAAGAUGAAAGCAUCCACAACUGCUGUCUUUUGAAACCUCUAUACUGUUGACCACAGGAGCUCCUCCUUCAUUUGAAUGGCAUCACAUGUUCCUAGUCAUUAGUUUGUUGCUGAUGUGGAAUAUUUAUUAACCUUCUAAUUUUCUAAAUGUUGACAAAGAACCUGGUCAACACAAAAGGGCUAGCGUAACUGAGGAUGCAGCAAUAAAGGGUAAAAAAACACUGUCAAACAGUUGGUCAGUUGUGUAUUUUUGAAAGUAUUAUGUGGAUGGCAUGUGUGCAAAGUUUUACUUAAUGUGUGCGAGUUAUGAAAACGUGUGCAUAUAUGCGAAUGGACACAGAAAGGUAUUCAAACGAACAACAACCCAUAUACAUCCAGAAUAUGGUUCCUGUGUGUUUUAACUUAAAAAAAAUAAUGCUAAUGAUGUGUGAAUGUGACAGAUGAUAGAUGUGGGGGUAGCUCCAGGUAGCUCUGCUACAUAAAUAUCUUAACUAUGAUGAUGCUAUACAGUCUCAUACCAUGAAACUGGUUUUCAAAAAGUAGUCAUAGAGACUUGCAAAUUGGGAAGUUCAUAAUAGGUAUUUAAUGCUUCAUAUAAAUUCUUCUUCUUCUUCUUCUUCUUCUUCUUCUUCUUCUUCUUCUUCUUCUUCUUCUUCACUUGCUUAUUUUAGAGCAGUGCCAAAAAACUAUCAACACGUCUUGGCUUUCCUAUUUGCCGUGAAGGAGGUAAAUGAUGACCCCAAAGUUUUACCAAAUGUCAGCCUGGGAUUCCAUAUUUAUGACAGCUACUUCAAUGCAAAAAUGACUUAUCAGAACACCUUGAAUGUUCUCUUUAAUUUGAAAAAGACCAUACCUAACUACAGCUGUGACACUGAGAAGAAUUUGAUAGCUGUUAUUGGGGGACUUGAUUCUGAAACCUCUCUCCAUAUGGCCAACUUCUUAAGCAUCUACAAGAUUCCACAGGUAGGAUACACUUGGUUAGUGUCAUGGGGGGAAGAGUAACUGUGUCACAGAAUUAGCACACAUGUCAUCAUUUCCAUGUGCAAAUUAUUGUUUUGGGGUAGAGAGAGAUAGCUACAAAUUUGAUUGGCAAAAAAUAUACAAGCCUUGUUUGUUUCCCAAGAAAAAUACAUAUUUUAAAAGGACAUCUAUACAUACCCUCCAUAGCAUGCAGAAACUCCUCAAUUUCAGUAUACGGAUCAGUUCUAACACUUUAUAGAAAAUGCCCCCUGCAAAUGAAUAAUAUUUGCUAACCUUUUAAAAGUACAGGAGGAGUUGGCCCUGUGAUAUUCUAUGUGGAAAAAAAGUUCCCCAUUGUGCUCUGGAGACAGGGUUUAAAGAAUUAAAAGCUUUAGGUUCCUUCAGCUAAGUAGGGUUCCUAUGAUUUAGUGCUUUAAAAUGUAAAACUAGCACUGCAUCUCUCUCUCUCUCUCCAGAGAGAGAGAGAGAGAAAACAGCUGCUUAAACUCCAGACAUUCCAUUCAAUUUCUAUGCCCCUUCCCCAACAAACAGCAUUCCACAGUCAAUGAACACAUUGUGUCCUAACUGGGCUGUUUUAGGAGGGAUACAUUCUGGGGAAUGUAACUGAGCCCGGUUUUGGCCAGGGAGGGAGGGGUAUAAAUAAAAAUUAUUAUUAUUAAUUAUAAUGUUCUUCAUUUUGCUUAGGUCACCUACUGCUUUUUUGCUGCAUUGAUGAAUGAGAAAACCGAGUUCCCUUUUGUCUAUCAGAUGGUUCCCAAUGAAGCGCAGCAAUACAAUGGAAUUGUCCAUCUAUUUCUGCAUUUCCAGUGGAAAUGGAUUGGGAUCAUUGCACUGGAUGAUGAAAAAGGAGACAGGUUUGUGCAGAACCUACUGCCACUGCUUUCACAGAAUGGCAUGUGUUCUGCCUUCAUUGAUAGACUUCCAUUCGUCACUUCCACGGAUAACAUGAUAGAAAUUUUUUAUUUGUCGAGACCUAGAGAGAGCAUGGCCCUUUUCCUAACCAACACCAAAGUCAAUGUAUUUGUCUUAAAUGCUGAUACUUUUACCAUAUUAAUGCUGAAAUGGUUUCUAUACCUGGCACAAACAGAAGACUUGACAGAGGCAGUAAUGGGUAAGGUAUGGGUUAUGACAGCCCAGUGGGAAUUCUCAUCACAUAUAUAUUACAGGAAUUUGGAUAUUGACUUUUUCCAUGGAGCUUUGUCAUUUACACUGAACUCCAAUGAAGUGUUUGGCUUCCAAAAUUUCCUUCAAGUUCUAAAUUUUCAUUGGCCGAAAGGAGAUGGCUUCAUUAGGGUCUUCUGGGAACAGGCAUUUGGCUGUUUGUGGCCAGGUACCAAACUGGGUAAGGAGCUCAUUGACAUAUGUACUGGGGAGGAGAAACUGGAGAGCCUUCCUGGGAUAUUUUUUGAAAUGAGUAUGACUGCCCAAAGCUACAGUAUCUACAAUGCUGUCCAUGCCAUAGCACAAGCUCUACAUGCCAGGUACUCAGCCAUAGAGAAUCAUAGGACAGUGACAGGGGAUAGAGGCAGUCUGGAGCCUCCCCACCAGCAACCUUGGCAGGUAACAGCUUGCAUAUCAUGAGCCGGUGAAUGUUAUAAAGCUCAAGGGUCUGAGGGUUCGCCUAGGGAGGGUUAUCCCCAGAACAUCGCUUCUUCCUUGAACCUUUGUAAUGUUUAUGACCUUCGUUUGAUCAUCUCACCUUUUAAGGUAGACUAGAAUUAACCUAGGGGAUGCGGGUGGCGCUGUGGUCUAAACCACAGAGCCUAGGGCUUGCCGAUCAGAAAGUUGGCAGUUCGAAUCCCCGCGACGGGGUGAGCUCCCGUUGCUCAGUCCCAGCUCCUGCCCAACUAGCAGUUCGAAAGCAAAGUGCAGGAAGGUAAACGGUGUUUCCGUGUGCUACUCUGGUUCGCCAGAAGCGGCUUAGCCAUGCUGGCCACAUGACCCGGAAGCUAUCUGCAGACAAACACCGGCUCCUUUGGCCUAUAGAAAGAGAUGAGCGCCGCAACCCCAGAGUCGUUCGCGACUGGACUUAACGGUCAGGAGUCCCUUUACCUUUACUAGAAUUAACCUCAUCUUGCACACAGGAGACUAUUAUUUAUUUAUUAUAUUUAUUAGUCUCAUUUUCUGAGAUUUGCCUCUUUCAAUCCAGCUUCACCCUUUUCUGAGGAGCGUUUCAUUCAACAACAGUGCUGGGGACACCAUUUAUUUUAAUGAGAAAAACGAACUAGCUGCUGGAUUUGAUAUUACCAACUGGAUUACUUUCCCAAACAAAUCCUUCAUAAGAGUGAAAUUGGGAAGGAUGGAUCCACACGCUUCACCAGGCACCGAGUUCACCAUUAAUGAAAGCAUCAUCACAUGGCACAAGAAUUUUAAUCAGGUGGGAUCUGGUUGCAUGUAAUAGAAUCAAAAGGCAUACUGAGAAGAGCCCCUUCAACCCCAGUUUCUCCCCUUCAGUUUCUCCCUUCUUCUUCUUUGUUGGGGCCUGCCAAUCUACCUGGUCCUGAGAGCACCGUGGUGUGCUUCUCUCAUCAUUUCCCUUCCCACCUUCCAAACCACCUCACACAAACACACACAAGUAACGCUGGGUGUGACAGAAGCAGAGGUGAUCUAGUCAUUGAACCCUUCAAUGAGCUCUUCAUCAAACCAUUCAGACCAUCUUGGACCCUAUGAGUAGCAGGGGAAGCUCUAUUGGUGGUUCAACCGCUGGGAGUUGACCCGUGAAAGAGCUUUCUUGCUAGUGGUUUCCCAUUUGUGGAAUAUCCUUCCUGGUGUGUUGUAUCUGUCUCCCUCAUUUAGUGGCAUCCAGGAAGAAUUGAAACAACAACAACAACAAUUUAUUACUUAUACCCCACCCAUCUGGCUGGGCUUCACCAACCAACCAACCAACCAACCAACCAACCAACAGUCCAGUUCACCCAGGCAUUUGCUGGUUUUCAGCAAGCUUGAAAUUGUCAGCUGUGGGGGUUUAUGACUAUUCUUAGAUGUUUCUAAAUGGCUGGGAGUAUUGUGGUUGGGGAAUUUGUGCCUCCACAGCAUGCGUCCCCUGCCCCUAAUCUCUCUUCUGAUUCUAGGAUGUGUUACCAACCCUGCAGUGAAUUUUCCUUUUGUUUUCUUUAUCUUACACCCAAUUAUGAUAGGCUGUGCACAUGUUGCCACCUUAAGGCACAGCUAGGUCAAUCUUCUUAAUUUAGCUAGAAGCUGGUUUGGAGGAAAACAUAUCAAAAUGCAGUAUUUUGUAAGAAAUGACAUGAUAAAUAUGGAUUGUAGCUAACAUAUGUACACUGUUUUCCAAACCAGCUUUGGGAGUACCCUGGAUGCAAAGUAAAGGGGAGUAUGCACACAGCAAACAUAAUUACCUACGUUCUUCCUGGAGGGCAGUGCUAAGUGCAAAUUUCGAAGAAUAGCUGUGUAUCUGUUCACAUAUUCUUUCAGAAAGUGCAAAGUUGAUAAAUUUGGCUUUAAAUGCGUAUUGAAUCUAAUUUCCCCCUAUUCAUAUUUAUGAACCACGUCACUGCUUUCUGCCUACAAAAUUCUCUUCUUCGGUUAUGCAGCCAUUUGAAGUCAGCAUCCUGUUACUCAAAGAUGAAUAGAGCCAGUUAGAAGAAAACUGAGUCAUACUACUUUCAUUUUAUAUGGUUAGGCCCUGCCACUUGCUGUGUGUAAUGACAACUGCUAUCCAGGCUACAGCAGAAAAAGGAAGGAGGACAAGCCGUUUUGCUGCUAUGAUUGUGCUCCAUGUCCAGAAGGGAAGAUUUCAGACCAGAGUGGUAGGAGACAAAAUGGUUGAUUAUACAUAUGAGAAAGUGGAGUGGGGCUUGGGAAAGACCAAGAGAAAACAUACUUGAAAAGGUUCCUCUUAAUCUCUGCUGCCACUAUUCUCUCAUGCAAGGGAGAUAUUUCUUCUAUAAAUCCCUUUUUGUGAUUAUUUUGCCUUGAUUUGACAUUACAAAUUUUGGUAUAUUUGUACUAUGAAAUACUUAAAAAUUCUGCUUCAUUGACAUCACUUCAGAACGUAAUUGGACUAAGAGGGCACUUGACAGUGAAAGUAAAUUUUCAGCCAGAGAUGACUAGCACUACUGAAACGUGUUCCUUUUAUGUAAGCACCAAGUGUAGGUCUAUACAUUGCAUUAUACACAGAAAAAUAUGCAGCAGAGGAACUCUGCCCAUGCAACUCUGAUUACCAUCCAGUAUGUUUAAAAGAGUGAAAAAUGAUUUUCCCCCUUCUUGCAGAUAUGAAUGACUGUGUCACAUGUCCAGAACAUCUGUAUCCAAAGAGGGACAGGACUCAAUGCCUUCCUAAGAUUCUAAACUUUCUGUCUUAUGAUGAACCUUUGGGGAUUAUUUUAGCUUUCUUGGCACUGUUUUUGUCUCUGAUCACGACAGUGGUGCUUGGAAUCUUCAUUAGGUUCCAGAACACCCCUAUUGUCAAAGCCAACAAUAGGAAUCUCACCUACUCUCUGCUCAUUUCUCUCCUGCUCUGUUUUCUCUGCUCCUUACUGUUCAUAGGCCAACCUCAGACACUGACCUGCCUCCUACGGCAAACAGCUUUUGGCUUCAUUUUCUCUGUGGCAGUUUCUUCUGUGUUGGCCAAAACCAUCACUGUGGUUCUCGCAUUCAUGGCUAGUAAGCCAGGAGGCAGAAUGAGGAAAUGGCUAGGGAAAAAACUGGCGAACUCAGUUGUUCUUUCUUGUUCUAUUUUUCAAGCGGGGAUUUGUAUGCUGUGGUUAGUCACAGCUCCUCCGUCUACAUAUUUGGACAUGCACUCUCUAUUUGAAGAAAUUGUAGUGGAAUGCAAUGAAGGGUCUGUGACUAUGUUUUACUGUGUUCUGGGCUACUUGGGAUUAAUGGCACUAGUAACCUUUGUUGUGGCUUUCUUUGCAAGGAAGUUGCCCAACACAUUUAACGAAGCCAAAUUCAUCACUUUUAGUAUGCUGUUAUUUUGCAGUGUUUGGGUGACCUUUGUGCCAACCUACCUGAGCACCAAGGGAAAAUAUAUGGUAUCUGUGGAGAUCUUUUCUAUCCUGGCUUCCAGUGCAGGAUUACUGGGUUGUAUUUUCUUUCCAAAAUGCUAUAUAAUUAUUCUGAGGCCCAAGCUGAAUAGCAAGGAUCAAAUGUUAGUAAGAAAUAAGUAAGCAUGUCUAUAAUGGUCUAAGCAGAAGUCCUGCUGUUUAUUGUUUUAAGCCCCAAUAGUGGAGCAGAAUGAUGCUGCAUUUAUAAACAAUAUUUUAAUUGUGACAGAGGUAGCAACUGCAGAAAACUGAAAACAAUGCCCGAGUUGAAAACUUAUUAUUUAGUGUGCAGUCCUAUGAUUGUCUACUCAAAUAUAAAUUCUAGGGAGCACAAUGAUGCUUAUAUCCAGGUAAAUGGGUUUGACAACCCUAUAAUUUGAUGUAUUUCUAUCAUGACAAUGUCACUGAGGAAAGGUUUUUAGAAAAUUGUUUCAAUGGCAUGCUCAUUUUAAAAAGCUGUAUAUGUAUGCUUAUUUCUGGUUUUAAAAAAACAUCAUAAUGCAAAAAUGUCGAUAAUAAAAUUUCAUACCUUUUUUUGUAGGGAAACUGUUCAAUAGACAAUUGUUAUCUUUGGCCAACAAAAGAGUUGAGCUAGAUGGUUCAAUUCUAAAAUGCAUUUGUAAUAUAGGAUUCAUUGCUAUUUAUUUUUUAUAUAAUAUAUCUGCUGUCUUUCGGAAUAAAAUAAAAUUUCUGUUGCCAGCUUUAUUGUGGCUUUGUUUGCUGGGAAAUUUUCCUGCACAUUUAAAUAAUCAAUCACUUUAAGCAUGUUGGUAUUUUGGAUAUGUGGGUCUUUUUGGUUGCAACUUAAAUGAGUGCAAUGAGUGUCGGACAAUUCUGGGUUUCUGGGAGUUUUCCUGUUGUUAUUCUGUCUCUCACAGCUACAAUAAACCUACCAUUAAAAUUAUGGACUGGUCAUUUUUUCAUCAGAGCGCAAAAGGGCAAAUUUAGCAGGGGAUCAAAUACUUUCCCCCCUUACUGUAUAGUGGUAAAACAAAAGAAUAUGAUAGAAGGAGGACAACUUAUAGAAAUUUAUUAAAACAAGAGGGAGGAGAGAAUAAUUUAAAAGAAUUUAUGGAAUUAUCAGAAAAAUUAACAACAUGGAUACAGUAUCAUUAUUUGAAUGAAAUAUUUAAGAAGGAUAUGAGGGUUUGGGGAACAAAUAUCACAACAGAGAGAGACCUGUUGCAGUGUACUGUAAUGUAAAAGUGCUGUCUAAAAUGUAUAAAAUAUUAUUGGAAUGGGAGACAAAGGAUGAGCAAGUAAAAUCCUCAAUGAUACAUUGGGCAAUAGACGUUGGUCAUAAUACAGACAUGGAAGCAUGGGAACAAUUGUGGAAAAUGGAUAUAAAAUUUACAGCAUGUUAUGGUCUAAGAGAAAAUUAUAAGAAAAUGAUAUAUCGAUUGUAUUUAACACUGAGUAAAUUGGCAAAAAUGAAUAAAUCUAAAUCAAAUAAGUGUUGGAAAUGU